AUGUCUGCCUUUGCUACUAUGCGUAAUGGUGAAAAUAUUUUUAAAAAAUUAGCUCACGAUAUUGAACAUGUGGCUGAUAAGUUUGCCCAUGACGUCAGGAGAGGAUUUGAUGAUUUCGGUCAUGACGUUAAGAAAGGAUUCGACAUUUUUGGUCACGAUUUGAAAAAAGGUUUCAAUGAUUUUGGUCAUGAUGUGAAAGAUGCUGCCGAUGACAUAGAUCAUAUUAUGAAAAAGUUUGGUGGUGAUGUGGAUCGCAUUGUAAAGGACUUUGAAUCCCACGUAAAGGAUGCAAUUGCUAAGGCCGAACCAUUUUUGAAAAUGGCCAAAAUCAUCGUUAAAGAUAUGCUUGCCUUAUCGGAAAUCACCGAUGUUGCAAUUUUGAUUGAAAUGCUUAUGGUAUAA